AUGUCGGCUGUCGUUCCCUCAGACGUUAGCUCGCCGUCCAACCCAACCCUCUACGCGGUCGCAGACUUCUGUCUCAUUCCCAUGGGUCUCCCUACUCCCUCCGUCGGUCCCCAGAUUGCCGAGUGCCAGCGCGUGCUUGAGCGCAGUGGUCUAGAAUACAAGCUUCACGGCUAUGGCACCAACAUUGAAGGCCCGUGGGACGAGGUCAUGAAGGCCAUUGGGGAAUGUCAUCAGGCUGUGCACCAGAUGGGAACGCCGCGCAUCGCUACCGACAUCCGUAUCGGAACCCGCACCGACCGCGACAUCAAGUCCGGCGGAAACGACGGCAAGGUGAAGCGGGUGGAGGAGAUUCUGACGACGAGUGCCUAG